AUGUUGAGGCUAGCUGGUCACCCGGUGAGUCGACUCGUCACCCGCGGCUUGGCAAAGGAUCUCCGUUUCGGAGCGGAGAGUCGAAAAGCGCUCCUCGUUGGCGUCGAUCUGUUAGCCGAUGCAGUCGGUGUCACGAUGGGGCCAAAGGGCAGAAAUGUGGUCAUCGAGCAAUCAUGGGGAUCACCAAAAAUCACAAAAGACGGAGUCACUGUGGCGAAAGCGAUCGAACUCGAGGACAAGUACCAUAACCUUGGCGCGAAGCUCAUCCAGGAUGUUGCCAACAAAACCAAUGAGGAAGCUGGCGAUGGAACGACUUGUGCCACCGUUCUCGCUAGAGCAAUUGCCAAGGAAAGCUUCGAGAAUAUCAGUAAAGGAGUGAAUGCGGUUGAGAUCAGAAGAGGCGUGAUGGCAGCUGUCGAUAUCGUUGUUCAAUCGUUGAAAGCUAUGAGCAAACAGGUCACCACUCCCGAAGAGAUCGCCCAAGUGGCGACAAUCUCGGCAAACGGAGACAAAGUGGUUGGUGAUCUCAUCUCGACAGCGAUGAAAAAAGUCGGGAAUAAAGGAGUGAUCACGGUGAAAGACGGGAAAACAUUGCAAGAUGAAUUGGAAGUGAUCGAGGGGAUGCGAUUCGAUAGAGGAUACAUUUCACCGUAUUUCAUCAACACUGCGAAGGGGGCAAAGGUUGAAUACGAGAAAGCUUUGGUGUUGCUAUCGGAGAAGAAAAUCUCUCAAGUGCAAGACAUUGUGCCCGCUUUGGAGCUGGCGAAUAAAAAUCGUCGACCAUUGGUGAUCAUUGCUGAAGAUGUUGAUGGAGAAGCAUUGACGACACUAGUUCUCAAUCGAUUGAAGGUCGGUCUCAACGUUGUUGCUGUGAAAGCGCCGGGUUUUGGUGACAAUAGAAAGAACACGCUGAAAGAUAUCGCCGUCUCGACUGGGGGCACCGUUUUUGGAGACGAUUCGAAUCUCGUGAAACUCGAAGAAAUCCAGGGUCAUCAAUUCGGUGAAGUGGAAGAAGUGGUGAUCACGAAAGAUGACACAUUGAUGUUGAGAGGGAAAGGUGGACAAAAGGAAAUCGAUAAGCGAAUUGAGCAAAUUGUCGACGAAAUCGAGGAGAGCACGAGCGAGUACGAGAAAGAGAAGCUCAAUGAGAGAUUGGCGAAACUGUCGAAAGGAGUCGCUGUGCUGAAAAUUGGCGGAUCGUCCGAAGUUGAGGUGAGUGAGAAGAAAGAUCGAGUGACUGAUGCGCUUUGUGCGACGAGAGCCGCCGUUGAGGAGGGAAUUGUGCCCGGUGGAGGGGUGGCUUUACUCCGAACGCUUAAAGCACUCGAACAAUUCAAGGCUCCAAACGAGGACCAACAAAAAGGCGUGGAAAUCGUGAAGAAAGCGAUUCGUCAACCGAUCUCGACAAUCGUCAAAAAUGCUGGCAUUGAACCGUCAAGCAUCGUUGAGAAAGUGUUAGCGAGCAGUGAAUUAGCAUUCGGAUAUGAUGCACAAAAUGACAAGUUUGUCAAUAUGAUCGAAGCUGGAAUCAUCGAUCCAACAAAGGUGAUUCGCACAGCAAUUCAAGACGCAGCCGGUGUGGCGUCAUUGUUGGCAACAACAGAAUGCGUUGUGACAGAGAUUCCGAAGAAAGAGUCGCCAAUGCCACCAAUGGGCGGUGGUGGAAUGGGCGGAAUGGGUGGAAUGGGUGGAAUGGGCGGUGGAAUGUUC